AUGCCAAGCCAGGCUCUGCUGCUCAUCCUGCUCCUCUGUGUGCUGCUGCAGGCCCAGGGAGGGUACCGGAAACCGAAGACGAUGCAGAAUCUAAAAGCCUGUGAGAAGAAGCCCGACGUGGAUCUUUGCAGCAGUCAUUGUUCGUAUUUUCUAGAUUGUCCACGAGAAAAUACCAUAUGCUGUUCAACCUACUGUGGGAAUGUUUGCAUGAGCCUCCAGUGA